UAAUCCCCAUCACCCAAAACAAAUCACAAAUACCGAUUCACUUAAAAUUCUCAACAAACAAAACGCAUAUAUAUAACAGUUAAAUUUGAAGGAAAAAUAAUAUACUACUCGUAGCAAUGACCAUUGUGCAUCCGAGUAGGCGAGUACACCACUCAACAUGCAUAAACCAACACUAGAAUCCUGGCUAAAUCUAAUACUUGUACCCAAUAUUUUAUCCAUAUAAAAAUCCAACAAUCCAAUCUACCACAAUUCAUAUUCAUAAUUCAUAAUUUCAUACAUAUAAAUUCUCCCUCCCUUCCUUCCUUCCUUCUUCUCUCCCACCGCACACUCUGUCUCUCUCUCUUCAACCACUCCCACUUUCUCUCUCCUCAAAUGGCAACCACCACUACCAACACCACACCCACACCUUCACCCACCAAAUCCCUCUCAUUACCCUUCAAAACACGUGUCCAAAUCACAGCCCUCAACUUCGUCACCGACAUCGUCCGCCGUACAGAUGGCACAAUCAACCGCACCCUCAUGAACCUUCUAGACCGCCACGUCGCACCCAAUCCUACCCCUCACAACUCCGUCUCAACCCACGACGUCGUUUUCGACCCUUCCAACAAUCUCUGGUUUCGCCUCUUCGUCCCUCACAAAUCCGACGUCGUUUCACUCCCUAUCAUCGUCUUCUUCCACGGCGGCGGUUUCGCCUUCCUCAGCGCCGCCUCCCACGUGUACGACGCCGUCUGCCGUCGUUUCGCCCGCAAACUAAACGCCGUCGUUUGCUCCGUCGAAUACCGACUCUCACCGGAACACAAAUUCCCUUCUCAAUACGACGACACCUUUGCCGUCCUUAAAUUCCUCGACAACCCCGAAAAUCGGAAAAACCUCCCAUUCUGGCCGGAAAACGCUGACGUGUCAACCGUAUUCAUCGCCGGAGAUUCCGCCGGCGGUAACCUCGCUCACCACCUCGCCGUAAACUACGCGAAAUCAUCCUCCACUUUCUCUCUCCUCAAAGUCAUCGGACUCGUCAACAUCCAACCGUUUUUCGGCGGGAAAGAGCGAGUCAACUCGGAAGUCGAACUCGAGGGUGCGCCAGUUGUGUCAAUGGAUCGAACUCAGUGGUUGUGGAAGGCGUUUUUGCCAGAUGGGCUGGACUGUGAUCAUUGGGCCGUGAAUGUAAGUGGGCCGAAUGCGAUGAAUAUAAGUGGGGUCGAAUACCCGCCCACAUUGUUGUUUGUGGGCGGGUUUGACCCGUUGAAGGAUUGGCAAAAGAGGUAUUAUGAGUGGUUGAGAAGAAAUGAGAAAGAUGUGAAGUUGGUGGAGUAUUCUAGUGCUAUUCAUGCUUUUUACGUUUUUCCUGAAUUGCCUGAAGCUGAGUUGUUGUUUGCUGAGGUUAAGGAGUUUUUCAACAACCAGAUUUCUAAAGUUAGGCGAACUAAAAUUUGAGCUGGUUUUGUUAUUAUUUUUAAGUACCUUUGUACUUGUGUAUUAUGUUCAUUGAUUUAAGAAUUUGAAAAAAAAAAAAAAGGACUAAUAUAUAAACCUAUUAUGUAUAAUGCUUCGUAAUUAUUAGUGGCACGUCAAGUCGUUUAGGUUUAUGGGGAUGCUUUCUAGUUUGA